UUGAAGAAAUAUGUUUAUCGGCAGUGGGCAAUGGAGGUAGAGGAGCGAGAACAAGAAAAACAACGGAACUUUUGAUGACUACGAAAAUACUUCAAAAUAAUGAACAGCCGAUAAUUCAUCAUGGCUACCAACACCAACAUAUUUAUCGACAAAGAGACCAAUAAUUGGUUCAAGGCGUGCAUAGCCCUCAAUGUGACGAAGGAAGGACUGACUAAUUUCGUUGAAACAGAGAUCAAACAUGUCCACAAUUCUAUUGGUAGAAGUUGCGGAAAUUGUUGUACACAGAACCUAGUAGGAUGUCCCACUAAAGGGAUAUGUAAAAAAUCUAGGAACUGCAACUACCAUACACAAACCAAGCAACCACGCCAAUGCCCUGUGAAAUUGUGUGAGCUCGUCGCAAAAAAUGUAACCUCACUACAUAGAUAUAAUGGACCAUCUUGGUUUAACACCAAAGCGGAACUGUGGUCGACAGAUCAAUGGCAAAUCGCCAAAUGUUUUUUCCCACCAGAUGGAUAUAUUAAUGUUUCGUCGAUUCAUGAUACGGACUUCAAUGGUGUCCUAAGCGUGCUUCUUAACUGCAAACAUUUUGAUAGUUGUAUUUCAUUUACUAUUGCACCAAAACCACCGGCACCAGAAUGCCUCUUAACAAAAGCCCGUCAAAUAGGAAGAGCAAUUCGUCACACAACCAACUGCAAGGUUACAGACGCUGAACUGCAUGACUUCCUCCAGACAUUGGACACACUUCUAGCAGACCCAAAGUGUUUAGCCAAUGAGCCUACUGCUACAGCAGCCAGAACUAAACUGUUAAAUUUGCAGAAAGAUCGCCUUUCACUGACUGAACUGGGCGAGCUGUUGAAAGAAGCCAAUCAGACCGUCAUAAAAGCGAAAGAGACCGGAGAACGUUUUUCAGAAAACGCUGAAAGGACCCUGACAGUAGGUCUGCAAACUUUAGAGGCUGCAAUUCUGGCGGGAGAAAUUCGACUUGAAAGCAAGGCACAGGAUAUGAUUGUGCGCAUACAACAAGCAGCGAAUGAAAAGGAAAAAGAAGAUUACGAAAGAGCAGUAGCAGAUCUUCUCAGUCGAUUGGUGGAAUAUUACCGUGAUACCGUUAGCUACGUGCCUCUGUCUACUUUAAAUCAUAGUCUCGAUAAGCACGUACAAGACGUCUAUGUCACUCCAAAAAUACACAGGAUAAACAUAGAGAAUGAUGGGAGACGCACGAAACAAGAACAAAUAUUGACGUACAGAGAUUGCUUUUGUAGAAGUGAUCAUUUAUCCAGACGAACAUAUCUACAAGGCGAGCCUGGUAGCGGCAAGACAAGUUUUGCUGCCAAGUUAGUUUACGACUGGUGUAAUGUGCAUGGGCCCUCGACGGAAUCCGAGAAAGAACAAACGACGUUUGGAGACGUUGAUAUCCUUCAUAAUUUCAAGUUUCUCUUUUUCAUCUCGUUGCGCGAUUCGAGAAAUCAUACAUAUGUAACUCAUAUGAUUAAAACCCAGCUCAUCUACAAAAUCUACGCGGAAGACGAAUGGGAGAGAGCAUACAAACUGGUCUUAAAAAUCAUGAAAAAUGUUAUGUAUCUUGUCGUUCAAGACGGUCUGGAUGAAUGGCCUUGUGAACACGCUGUUCCUUCUAUGGACGGAAUUCCUAAAGACCAUUGCCUUGUACUCACAACUUCUCGACCAUGGAAACUCGCUGAUGAACGUAUCAAGAACUCUCAAAUAGACAUUCUUUUAGAAGUUGAAGGGAUAAGCGAUCCUGAAGAAUUCAAUGAAAAACUAUUACGAUGCUUACUUGACGAAACAAAGGAUCUGAAAGAAACAGUGAAGCAGUUUCAGACAUUUCUAAAGGGGCGUGGCCUUGAGUCGAUAUCUUCUUCGCCUAUGCUGUACACGCUUGUCCUCUGUACCUAUGUAGAUCAUAUGGCUGAGAGUCUCACAGGGUCGUCAAUGUGUGAACUGUACACUACCAUGCUUGAAAAUCUAUGUAAAAAAGCUAACACACAAAUAAGUUAUUUCGAUCAAUACCACUUAUCACCAGUAAAAGCCUUUGCUUGCACGAAAUAUAUUAGACCAAACAUAGACCAUAUAGAUUCCAUUUCUAAAGCUGCAUUCUCAUUUUUGUUUUCAAAUAAAAAGGAAUCAUCACUAGUGUUCAGCGACAUAGACUUGUCGGCUCAUUUGUCUGAAACUGCAAAGCAGUUCGCACUCGAUUCAGGAAUAUUAUCUAAAAGAAAAGGAAAAAGAUGUACUGAUCAGACAUUGUCGUUUGUCCAUAAAACCAUCCAGGAAUUCCUAACUGCUUUUCAUAUCAAUAGGAAUGCAGACGUAAUUGAUGACGUCCUUUCCGGAUAUCUCAAACGCCAUAACAAUGCAUAUCGUGAUAUAUCUCAAAUGUUUAUAUUCCGGUGUGGCUUUAACAUCUCGGCAGCAAAUAAACUGUCUUCAAUGAUGAAUGAGCUUAACGUGUAUGGCGUAUAUGGCCAUUAUUUCCAAGACUGCAUUAUCUCGGGUUAUAGGGAGGCUGUAGCCAAUAAGAACAGUCCAAUACACCUACAUCUGAGUCACUUUGACUUCGAUAGUGAUAAUGCCGAAGAUUUGAUCCAGAUCUGGACACUGAACACUUCACAUGCUCGAUUUUUAAAGGUUCACUUGGCAUGGCGCCGUUUUUCAAACAUAUAUGUAACAAUACGUUCACAAGACGCGUCGUCUGCAGAUUGUCAUGGACCAGGGUCUGUUUCCUUACAUGCACGUCAGGAUCCUGACGUCGCAAAUCGAGACGAUCGAGAAGAAAUCAGAUCGUCUACAUCUUGUAUCGAGUUCGACUUGUCAUCGUGUCACAACCUCGAACGGCUUGUGCUCAUAGGUACGCAUGUAACCGUGCUAUCAAAUGCACUGAUGGGUCUCAAGAAGUUGGAACAUCUCACAAUUGAGCGUUGUAAAUGUGAAGCGAUUGACUUAUCACAUUGUGUUCACAUAAACUCAAUUCGUAUUAUUGGUAGUAGCUUACUUUGUAAUUGUAAAGAGCUUGACUUGUCGUCGUGUAACAACCUAAAACUGCUUGAGCUUGAGAAUUAUGAGUGCUUCCAAAUGCACUGAUGGGUCUCAAGAAGUUGGAACAUCUCACAAUUGAGAGUUGUGAAUGUGAAGCGCUUGACUUAUCACAUUGUGUACACAUAAACUCAAUUCGUAUUGUUUAUAAUAGCCACUCUCUAUUACCACUCUCUAUUAAUAAUUAUAGGACUCUAGAAUGUAUUGAAAUAAUACACACAACUUAUAAGGGACUGGAUUUGUCAAUGUUUGUAAAUUUAAAUUCCAUCAGUAUCAGCAAUGAAGUUCAAGUGUUACGUAAACCACUUCUCAAACAUAACGAGCUUACUGACAUUAAAUUGAGUUUUUUUAUGCUGCUAUUUGUAAUUUUGAUAUAUGGUAUCUACUUAAUGGUGCUGAUCCAGCCCUUACGAUAGACGUUCCAGUACUGCCCUCCAUACAAACCAUUGAACUAUUUUGUGUUGAAUGUUCCUUCACCUGGCUACGCAGUCUGGUAAGCACGAUGUUGACACUUGAUCAUGGGGUCGAUUGUGAGCUGUUGAAUUGUGACAUAGCUUCAGACGAUUUUGAUGAGACUCUGCUGAGCAGUGACAUGUCUUGGUAUGAGGAGGACGAAAAAAGUGACAUGUCAAUAACAACGGAUUUAAACAAUACAUGUAUGUUCGAUAUCAAUGACGACUCUCCUGGUCUAUGGGAAACUCUGGAUGGUCUGAACGUCAACAAUCUGAGACUGGGGGGUGGGUAUGGUGCUUUGACAGUGCAUCUUGUAUCGUCAAAGUCACGAUCACUAGAAUCCCUCCCAAAACUUGAAACGCUUUCAAUGAAUUUAUCUUUUUAUAUCGACCUACCGCUGCCUCCAUAUCUGAAGCAUUUGACCGUGCUAUAUAAUACACUGUCACCAUCAGAACUUCGCCACCUGGUGAACCAACUGUGUGCGUUCACUCACUCAGUUGAAUGCAAAUUGGAAUUCCUCUGUGGUAACAAAAUUGAAAACAACACGAUCACUAACAUUCCACCAGAGAACUACAUCACCGUCGAACAGGAACUCCAAACUCUGGAGCAUGUUGAAGUGAAACGAUUUCGAAUAUAUGACCGGACACCUCAAACCGAUAUAAAUUAUCGUGCUGCCUGGUCUGUACGAGACAGUAUUGUUGAUGAUGGUGAUCAUGGUGAUGAUAUCGGUAAAGAUGAGGGUUGGAUAAGUCAUUCGAGUCAUUCUGACAUCCGAAAAUGGCAUAGUGAAUGCCUCAAUCGCAUUUCAUUGCAACUUCGGAUUAAUGGUGAACAAAACAAUUAGGUUUGUACAUUUAAAUGCGUCUGAUACCAAUUUGACUUCCGACCAACUGUGUUAAAAUUCAAGCAGUGAACUAUUGAAGUAAUACAUCCGACUAUAUGACACCAAAUCGAUGUAAACAUGUGUGUUCUACAUUUCCCGAACAGUUUUAUUGAUCUGCAAAAUAAAUUGCAUGCAUAAUUGAAUAAUUACGUUUAUUAUAAUGUGUAUUUAAUUUUCUUGUGACAAAGUUAAUAGUUUCCAUUCUUAAAUGAUUCCCUGGUGUUAGUGAGAAAUAAAUUCCAUUCUUUCGAAUUGUUCAUGUAUAUCUCAUCAUUAUGGUAAUGUGAUGCAAAUGUAAUAUAUUCAGCUGUAUUAAAUGUUCUUAUUGUAUUUGACCAUGAUGAUUAUGUUAACUUUGAUGAUGAUAUAAACAGCAAAAGGAUAAUGAUGGUACACGGUGAUGAAGUUUGUUAAAAUAAUAUGAAAAUAACACAUACGGCAACAGUCACUGUGCUGCUGUUGUUGCAGCUGUUGAAGGUGAUAAUGAUGAUGGAGACGGUGAUCAUGACGAUCAACAUGGUAAUAAUCUGUGAACUAAAUUGCUUGCAUAUUUGAAAAAUUAAAGGCACGAGUAUUGUAAUUUUCA